ACGGAUUCUCUCCUCUCUCCUCUCUAUCCUUUUAAAAGGUUAGCAGAAAUGAGCAGUGAAUGGCUAUCCUAGUUACACACCACAGAUCACACCAAUCGAAUCUCCAACCUCUUCGAGUUCACUUCUCUCCACGUUCGUCUCUCCAAUGGCGACCCUACAGUCCCUUGCAUCAUCCUCACCAGUUUCUCAUUGUUCACAGCAACGACGCGCUCCUUCAGGCUUGAUAUCUUUACUUUCGGUAGUACGCCGGAGUGCAUGUUCAUCAUUCAAUGGAAAAUCAUUGCAGCUAUCUCGUCCACGGUGGGAAUCAUUGAGAGCAAAUUCUCAAAUACCAAGGCCGAUAACAAUGAUGGUCAGGCCAACAAUUCAGUUCAUCCAAGGAACUGAUGAGCAGACAAUACCGGAUGUAAGGCUAACCAAAUCAAGAGAUGGUACAAAUGGUAUGGCGAUUUUCUCUUUUGAACAACCUUCCGUAUUUGAUGCAUCGGGGGAACUUGGUGACAUCACAGGCUUGUACAUGAUUGAUGAGGAAGGAGUUAUUCAGUCAGUUGAUGUCAGUGCGAAGUUUGUUAAUGGAAAACCUGCAAGAAUAGAAGCAAAACAUGUGAUGCGAAAUCCUCGGGAGUGGGAUAGGUUCAUGAGAUUCAUGGAGCGCUACUCUAAUGAGAAUGGCUUGCAGUUCAUCAAGAAAUGAGGCAAUGUACUUUCUUCAAAUUUCAUGUCAUUAUGUAACAUUUUGUAAUUAGGCUAUCUGAUACUUGAUAAGCUUAAUGACGUUUGAUUUGAUUAAAGCACUAUAUGCCUCUCUUGCUCUGA